GGAUCAGUUGACGACGAAUUGGUGGCAAAGAAGCACGAUGUUUCGUUUCGGUGUACGCGGGAAGUCGGUUGGUGUCGACAGCAUCGAGAGAUGCCUCGAAUUACUGGGAAAUAUAAGGGAAUCAUCAGGACUGGCGACGAUUUCCAAGAUCCACCCGAGUCGUGUCGCUUCGGGGCCACUUUCCAAUUGUUUGAUCGAUUCCGAAGCACGCUCAAAUAGGAAUGAAGAUUGCCGUUCAGCGUCGACGACUACACCGGCGUCGGAACCGAGGAAGACUUGCCUGUACGACCUUCACGUGGAAAAUCUAGGAAAGAUCGUCAAUUUUUCUGGAUGGCUGCUACCAGUUCAGUAUCAGGAAGCCAUAGCUGCGUCCCAUCAGCACACAAGGACUUUCGCCUCGUUGUUCGACGUUGGUCACAUGAUGCAAACACAAAUUUCUGGUAAACAUGCCACCGAAUUCUUGGAGUCCCUCACAACCAGCGAUUUGAAAAAUUUGGGGAAAGAAUGCGCCGUGCUGACGUUGUUCACCAACGAGAACGGUGGUAUUCUAGACGACUUGAUCAUCACCAAGGACGACGAUACCAAGUACUUCGUGGUGUCGAAUGCUGGAAGAAGAGACGAAGACUCGCGGUUGCUCGUCGAACAACUGAAAGAUUUCAAGUCCCGAGGGAAAACGGUGGACAUAGAGUUCCUGGAUCCUCUAGAGCAAGGUCUGAUUGCGCUCCAAGGGCCCACCGCGGCAACAGUUCUUCAAACGCUGGUGAAGAUCAACUUGAAGAAGCUAAGAUUCAUGAACAGUGUGGAAACGGAAGUAAUGGGAAGCAGAAUCAGAGUGUCGCGUUGCGGAUACACUGGAGAGGACGGGUUCGAAAUUUCAAUGCCUGCCAAAAUUGCCAACGACCUUACUCGGAAGCUCUUGGAGACGCCUGACACGAAAUUGGCUGGACUAGGAGCUAGAGACAGUUUAAGGCUGGAAGCUGGUCUUUGCCUGUAUGGACACGACAUCGACGAGACUACUACUCCAGUUGAGGCAGGACUUACUUGGCUUGUGUCUAAAAGAAGAAAGGAGGAAGCAAACUUCUCCGGUGCCUUGAGGAUACUAUCGCAAAUCGAGGUGGGUCCCACGAGAAAACGUGUGGGCUUGAUGCUUGGAAACAGUCCACCAGCCAGAGAAGGAGCGGUGAUUUUGACUCCUGCAGGUGAACGCGUGGGUAAAGUCACUUCCGGUGGGCCCAGUCCGACUCUCGGUCGACCCAUUGCCAUGGGUUACGUGCCCCCAGAGUUGGCACAAUAUGGCGGUGGAGUGCUGGUUGAAGUUCGAGGGAAGACUUACAAAGCUACAGUGACGAAGAUGCCUUUCGUAAAGACGAACUAUUAUACGCCUAAAUGAUAAACAAGCACUUCCGUUUCGCAUACGCACGGAAUCGAAAUUCAUCCAUUAAUGGAAGUUAGAUUUUUUAGACUUUCUAUUUCACUUUCGUGAGUAUACAGUGGGUGUAGAAAGAAUGUAUUCGUACACCGAUCAAUUUCCCAAAAAACUUUUGUGUGAAAUUGUAGUUUCUUAACUUCUCUUUUUUAUAGUCAAUGAUAUUUUACAUAUUAUCGGAAGUCUCUAAGAUAGAUAUAGACCAUACAACAUUUACUAGUUAAUAUAAUUUAUGAAAUUGACAAAAAAAAUGCGAAAAGUGGGUAAAAGUGGGUAGAAGCAAUAAGUAUUUGUACGGUUCUUAUGACGAAUCAUUUACAGUAGAGUUUGUAACGUAAACACAUUAGUUUGUUGCACCGUACGAAUAAGAAAACAUCAAAUUUCCAGGAAACUUCUUUUGAAAAUGGCUCUAAUAGAGGAAUUGAAGAAGAUCCCACUUCUUAAUAACUUCUAACUAAUAAUUUAGUUAAUUUAAUGAUUAGACGAGUUGCAAUAAUUGUAAAAUCAAAAGGAAAUCCCACGAAGGAAGUAUUAUAUACUUGUAAAUUAAUGUGAAUUUCUUUUUUUUUAAUGAAGUUUUAAAAAUUAAACAGUUGUACGAAUACUUAUUGCUUCAAUAUUUCUAUCGAUUAAUUGUUUUUUUCUUGUUAAUUUCGCAACUUACAUAAAUAGCUAUAUUUUUUUUGUUACUCUAUCUAUUCUAGAGAUUUCCGAGAAUAUGUAGAAUGUCAUGGUUUAUAAAAAAUAAGUAAAUAAAUUACAAUUUUAUAUAGUUUUUUUUUGGAAAUUGAUCGGUGUACGAAUACUUUCUACACCCACUGUAGGUAUUAUCAGCAGUUUCGUAAACACAAUUACGUUUGGACUAUCAUUAAUUAUAUGUAAUUGCAAGUCACUUUAGUAAUAAUUCGAACAAUACAUACAAUUAGAUAUAGUCCAAAUAAUAUUACAUUUGGCUUUCUUCACUUUCAUCUAAAAUAUCUUGCCUAUGUUUUGGUAAUAAUCUAAUUAAGAUUUAAUGCGAAAUAGAAAAAUUUUUGUAAAAAGAUCGAUUCCUAAAAACAAAGUGCUACCCUGUAUGGACAUGUGAAAACGAGCAAUACUGUUUCUUGUAAUCGAGUAAUAUAAUUCUACUGGUAAGACUGUAGAAAAAUUUAGAUUUUAUUUAGAUUUAGUUAGUUAUUGUAAAUUACAAUCACUUUUUUACCAUACUGUACUACGUUAGUCUAAUGUAAAAUAAUUUUUGGAAAAAAAAUAUAUCCGACUUCGAAAAAAUAUAAAAAUUGCGCUAAAAAGUAUGAAAUAAUUUCUAGUUAAUUGAUAUGAAUACUCACCAGUUCUAGAUAUAAUUGCUUAAAAGUACGAAAUAAUUUCUAUUUGCUUUAUAUUAAAUUAUGUUAUCAACAAAAU